GCCGCCGAGCGCUGAUUGGCCGGAGCGAACGCAUUUAUUGCCUGACAAGCCCCCAUCACAUGGAUGGUUGUCUAUUAACUUGUUCAAAAAAGUAUCAGGAGUUGUCAAGGCAGAGAGAGAGAGAGUGUGUGUGUUUGCAAAAGGGGGUAAAGUAGUUUGCUGGCUCUUUAAGACCGAGGUGGAGAGAGAGAGAGAGAGGGAGAGAGAGAGAGAGAGAGAGAGAGAGCGGCAGGCAGAGAAAAGGGAAAAAGGAGGAAGAAGUUUUUUAAAAUCAAGACUCCGGCGGUAAUAAUAGCAGUUAUUAGCAUUAUUAAUCCAUCAGCGAAGAAGAAGAUCCUGAUCUUGAUCCAAGUGUGGUUUUGGGGAGUCCCCCUCCCCCCUUUCCUACCCCUCCCUAGGAAAAAAAAAAAAAAAGUCCGGCUUGGGACUCCGCUGCGGCUGCUCCUCGUUUCUCUGCUCAAGGCUGGUUCCAGCAAAAGUAGUUUGAAUGUACAACAUGAUGGAAACCGAGCUGAAACCUCCCGCCCCCCAGCAAACUUCGGGGGGAGGCACAGGCAACUCCAACUCGGCCGCCAACAACCAGAAGAACAGCCCGGACCGGGUCAAGCGCCCGAUGAACGCGUUCAUGGUGUGGUCCCGCGGGCAGCGGCGGAAAAUGGCCCAGGAGAACCCGAAGAUGCACAACUCCGAGAUCAGCAAGCGGCUCGGGGCGGAGUGGAAACUUUUAUCCGAGGCGGAAAAGAGACCCUUCAUUGAUGAAGCCAAGCGGCUCAGAGCUCUGCACAUGAAGGAGCACCCGGAUUAUAAAUACCGACCCCGGAGGAAAACCAAGACCCUCAUGAAGAAGGAUAAGUACACGUUGCCGGGGGGCUUACUGGCACCGGGCACCAAUACCAUGACGACUGGGGUCGGGGUUGGGGCCACCUUGGGAGCUGGGGUGAACCAGAGGAUGGACAGUUACGCGCACAUGAACGGCUGGACCAACGGAGGCUAUGGGAUGAUGCAAGAGCAGCUCGGCUACCCGCAGCACCCGGGCUUGAACGCGCACAACGCGGCGCAGAUGCAGCCCAUGCACCGCUACGACGUGAGCGCCCUGCAGUACAACUCCAUGACCAGCUCGCAGACUUACAUGAACGGAUCGCCCACCUACAGCAUGUCCUACUCCCAGCAAGGGACCCCGGGCAUGGCCCUGGGCUCCAUGGGCUCGGUGGUCAAGACGGAAUCCAGCUCCAGUCCCCCCGUAGUCACUUCCUCGUCUCAUUCAAGGGCUCCUUGCCAAGCUGGGGACCUUCGGGACAUGAUCAGCAUGUAUCUACCAGGUGCUGAAGUACCAGAACCAGCUGCCCCAAGCAGACUUCAUAUGUCCCAACACUACCAGAGUGCACCUGUUCCUGGCACAGCCAUUAAUGGCACACUCCCUCUAUCACAUAUGUAAGACAAAGGGGC